AUUUGUAAAUUAUGAUUCACUUAUUCACUACCUCUGUCCUAAGCUGUUCCUAUAUUAGUAUAUUUUGUCCACCGUGUAUAUGGCAGAUGCAAUGGGAAGUAGAUCACGGGGGGGGGGUAGCGCUACUGGUGGGAGAACUUUCUAAGCUCACAGUCGAGCUGCGCGAAAUGGUACUACCAUCUCGUGAAAAAUACUAUACAUAUAUUAUUAAUUAUUCGUUCUACGAGAGACCAUGCUUGCCAUACGACGAGUUUUCGUUCGUUCUGCGCAUCUCAACAUCUGUGCAAGCGCAUUGUAGCAACGCGUAGCAUAAUCUAGUGGUCUUAUAUGCAUUUAACAUACUCUUCGAACCUUCGAUAUUAUCACUUGCUUCUUCCUUUAUUCAUAUAUUUUUGUCUACCGUGUAUAUGACCGCGAAGUUAAAAGUAAGACUAGAGGGCCUCCCAGAGCUGCGCAAACCAGUUGUACGAUGGCUAUGGGAAAACGAAGAGGUAUACAUACAGCAUCCGGUAACUCCGCGAUGUUUGGCUCAUCAACGAAUAAUUUACGGUCGAGUCGUUUGAACUUCCGUCCAAAUUCAACUCAGGAGGACAAGGGCGGAACUCGACCAACAGCUGCACCAAGCUCUAUAGGACUUAUACUUGUAACGAUGUUUUUACAUGUUUGUAAGAAAUCAUUAUUAUUCGAUACAAGAUUAAAGAUUGCUAUAUAUUGCGGUGCAAUCUUCGUGGUAUCACUGAUGGCGGACUUUAUCACAAUGCCGAGGACAUAUUUUUCACGUUCGGAUAAUAUAUUGAAUCAGUACUUUGUGAAGUGGGGAUGGGGAUGGUUGUUGACCGUAACUAUUCCAUGGGUCGCAUUAACUGCACACACGCUUGGCUGUGGUCGCAGAUCAAUUUUAUUGAAACAUCUUGCUAGAUUGGGUUUAGCCACGAUCGCGUGGAUGCUAUGGAUUAAAUUAUUUAAUUACAUCGAAACGAAUUACGGUCGUUGCCUUAGCACAAAAGACAUGCAAUUUCAAACGAAAGCGAAAUGUCUUCAAUCCGGUAAAUUUUGGAGUGGCUUCGAUAUAUCCGGACACACGUUUAUUCUAAUAUAUUCUAGUUUAAUCCUGGCGGAAGAAGGUUCUUCGUUGGUCGGGUGGGAAGGUAUCAAAGAUUUAGUUAUGCGCGAGGAACACUCGCGGACCACCCCUAACGAACCUAGUACCGGACCGCUUCGAAAUCUUUCCAAUUCUGAUUUAGAAUUUUUAAAGAAAGCACACAAAGCGCUCACACCAUAUCUAAGAGGUCUUUUCGUUGUAAUGACUCUGCAGCAGUUACUUUGGGAUAUUAUGUUAAUAUCUACGAUGCUCUAUUACCACAUUAUGAUUGAAAAAUUUCUCGGGGGUGUAGCUGCUAUUAUAACGUGGUACGUUACUUAUCAAUGGUGGUACAAGUCGGGAAAAAGUUCGCUGCCCUCACCUGGGGAUGGUUUAUUUAAAUACAAUGAGGUAAAAAUUCAUGACACUGGUUCGGUUAAGUCCAAACGUAGUACGCUUAAUGGUACCAAUAGAUUCAUGGGGCUUCCGAUUCGGACCAGUCAGGAUUACAUGGAUAUCAAUAGACAAUUAGAUCCCGAUUUAACUAGUUCAAGAAUAUAAAAAUUACUUAAUAUUUUCUAACUUUUAGUUUUUAUUUAUUUAUUUAAUUAUUUAAAAUCGUAUGCAUCCCUAAGGGUUACCUUUUAGUUUUAUUUUGGUUGAAUUAUUGGUUAUUUUUAAAUAAAAAGGGAUAUUUAAUUGUAUGUAUGUACAAUAGGUAUAUUAACCGUUUGAGUCCCAGGGGUCAUUGAAAAAACACUGUCGAAAAGUACCGAACAGUGCAAUAGCGGUGCUAUAAACCCAAUACUGGGUUUUUUCGACAUAAAAUCUUAAGUGCGAUCGCGCUGCUUGAAACUCAAACGGUUAAAUGUAACCGUAUUCUGAAACGCUUACAGUUGUUUACGACAUUCUUCAUCAUAUUCACAGACUUAAUUUAUGCAAAUUUUUUAAAAUUAUAAAGUCUAAAAUAUUUUAAUUUGUCGAGUAGCUUUGUGAAGUAAUUGCUUAUAUUUCUGAACGAAUUACACGUAUUUAUUUGAGUACUAUUUUCUUAUAAAAAAGAAAAAAUGAAAAAAAAGGAAAAGAAAUUGAGUAUCGCGAUCUACCGCACCCCAAUGUGUACAUAAUGUAAUUAAAUGACAUAUGUAUUUUUGUAUCUCUUUAUGGAUUGUUAAAUCAAUAACUAUCUAGUAUAGUAGUUGUUACUGAUAUACCUUUUGUGACGUUGUUUUAUAAUUUAUAUUUAAUAAACUUUAUCGUUAACAAAGUGUUUGUCCACUAUACUUCUGUGUCGCUACGUACGUUCAGCAAAUUUAUUUAUUUAUUUACCUAUAGUAAAUGUAUUUAUUAUGUAAGCUACUAUCAGAAUGAUUGUGCACAAAACUGUAUAGGAAUUAUCUGUUUGAUGUUCUAAUAUGAAAAAUUUGUAGUUUUA